ACUCUGGGAAAAAAACGUCGGUGGUUAUCUCUGUUACACACAGAGAGAGAGAGAGAGAUUUCAGUUCCAACCUAAUCAAUCUAAAAAAAACGUGUUGCAAUAAAUGGGGAACGCUCACGGCCACCGCAAACAUCGAGAAGGCAGAAACGAGCCGGCUCCACCAGCCUUUAAAUAUGGUACGUCCGAUCACGCUGCUGCACAUAUGCCCAGCUCAAGCAAGCCCAAGACCCAAAACAACAUGGUGUGCUUGCCUUACGCUCACGUCGACUCCAGCCUGCGCGCCCUCGCCGGCCAGGCCGAGGGGUUCGGCCGGCUCGCUAUCGGGGGGCUCCACGGUCCCCUUUACCACGUCACCACCUUAGGAGAUGAUGGACCGGGAUCACUUCGCGCAGGAUGUCGUAGUAAGGAACCACUGUGGAUUGUCUUUGAAGUUUCGGGCACCAUUCAUCUCUCUUCUCACCUGUCUGUGUCGUCUUAUAAGACCAUUGAUGGUCGGGGCCAAAGGAUUAAACUCACAGGGAAGGGUUUGAGGCUUAAGGAAUGUGAACAUGUAAUUAUAUGCAAUCUGGAGUUUGAAGGUGGUAGAGGUCCUGAUGUGGAUGCUAUUCAAAUCAAACCUAAUUCAAAAAAUAUAUGGAUAGAUCGAUGCAGCCUCCAAGACUAUGAUGAUGGAAUGAUAGAUAUCACCCGAGAAAGCACAGAUAUUACUGUUUCUAGGUGUCACUUUUCAAAGCAUGACAAGACGAUGCUCAUUGGAGCAGACCCUUCUCAUAUUGGUGAUAGAUGCAUCCGGGUGACCAUUCACCAUUGUUUUUUUGAUGGGACCAGACAGCGGCAUCCUCGAGUUAGAUAUGGGAAAGUACAUCUGUACAAUAAUUAUACCAGAAACUGGGGCAUUUAUGCGGUUUGUGCUAGUGUUGAAUCACAGAUAUACUCCCAAUGCAAUAUAUAUGAAGCAGGACAGAAGAAGGUGGCAUUCAAAUAUCUCACAGAGAAGGCAGCUGACAAAGAGAAGGCAGCUACUGGCUGCAUAAGGUCUGAAGGGGAUUUAUUCGUAAGUGGAUCUCAGGCGGGAUUGAUGACCGAGAGUGCUGAAUAUGGCAUGUUUCACCCUAGAGAAUACUACCCGAAAUGGACGGUGGAACCUCCAACUGAUGAUCUUAAGCAGGUUCUCCAACACUGUACAGGAUGGCAGCGUGUUCUACGACCAGCAGAGCAUAAGGCGGUUGCAUAGAUGCAUGAAGAUGAAGGGAUGGGCUACUAGUUUAAUAGUAGCCUCCAGUAAUUUUACAUAUAUCUCUAAUUUUGACCUUCAUGUUUGUAUUAGUGAAUGCCUUCCCGUGUGAGAAAAAUGGACAGUGAUUUCUAUCAUCAAUAUAUAAACAUCUUUUAAUUGUC